ACAAAACUUAUACAAGUGGGUAAGAAUUGAAUCAAGGAUGCAAUUGAUCGUGUGUAGUUAAAUUAAUAUUCCUAAUUGAACACGAAAAUGGUUGUGAGUUGUAGAACAAGUCGGCUGUUGAGAACUACAAAGACUGUUACUGUAACACCAAGUUUGUUUUUUUCGUCGUUCAAACCUUUCUACCAAAAUAGCUCAAAUUUUUUGAAAAGAAACGCACUUGGCAUAAGUUCUAAUCAACACCAACCUUUAGUAGAUGUUUGUUGUGGCUGUAGAUAUUUUGCUGUGGAUUAUUUUCAGUCAAAUGAUAAUAGAACAACUUUUAGCAAAUUAACACCACAGGAGGUUGAUGAUAUUCUCAGAACGAAUGAAUAUACACAGGAAUUUAGUAAAGGCUCUGUAAAAUCUUACGAUUCCAAUCAAUUAGCAUCGAACAAUCCAAUAGAAGAUACCAGAUCGGAAGCCUCAUGUCUUCUAACAACUGGUUUUUUAUUUGGUGUUUUCGACGGACACGGCGGAAGCGCCUGCGCACAAGUCGUAGCAAAACGUCUUUACCAUUACAUAGCUGCUUGUCUAUUACCUUAUGAAAUAUUAGUGCAAUACAUUAAAUCUCUUUUAACGUCGCAUCCAAAAGAACUGAUUCAUUGUUUUAAUGAUAAAGUAGAAUUCGUCGAUGAUAUUAGGCAAUUGUACAGUGAUAGUUUCGCGAGAUUUUUGAAGGAUUUGUCUCAGGAGGGUCCAGUAAAAAAUUUUGAUAUGCGUAAUGCAAUUGAGCACGCUUUUUCGAGAUUAGAUAAUGAUAUUUCGAAUGAAGCCUUACCAAAAAAAGACGAACCGCUCAAUCUGAAAACGAUGUCGGUGGCUAUGUCAGGUGCGGUAGUGUGCGUAGCUCAUAUAGACGGACCCCAUUUACACGUAGCAAACGUCGGAGACUGUUGUGCAGUAUUAGGUACUCUAUCCGAAACAAAUUCCUGGAUAGCUAAUAAAUUGACUGUAGAACACAAUACGUACAAUCAACAAGAAGUAGAUAGGAUAAUAAAAGAACAUCCUUACAAUGAAGCUUUAUCCGUUAUAAGAAUGGAUAGGCUACUAGGUCAAUUAGCACCAUUGAGGGCGAUGGGAGACUUCAGAUUUAAAUGGAAUAAAGAAAUAAUGAAUAAUGUGAUAGCUAAACAUUUCGGUGAACAAGUAUUACUCCCUAAUUACCACACUCCGCCGUAUUUGUCUUCCUCGCCCGACGUCGUACACCAUCGAUUAACGGCAAGAGAUAAAUUCUUGAUUAUAGCUACCGACGGAUUAUGGGAUAUGAUGACACCGUUACAAGCUGUGAGAUUAGUAGGCGAACAUAUGAAAGGUAAAGUUACAUUGAGACCGUUGAAGCUUCCUAGAAAGAAUAUGACGUUGAACGAAAUUAACGAAGUACUGUUACAACGCAAAGAGGGACUGAAGACUAAACCCAGAGAUUCGAACGCUGCUACGCACAUAAUCCGGAACGCUUUAGGCGGUACCGAAUUCGGUAUCGACCAUUCGAAAAUUACACAAUUGCUCACUUUACCGGAAGAUGUCGUUAGAGUAUUUAGAGAUGAUAUUACUAUUUCUAUUAUUUAUUUCGAUUCGGAGUAUUUGAGGCAUUGUCCGGCAUGAUUAGAUGCGAAGAUUAGGGUUGUUUUAUUGCUGUAAUUUUACAAUACCUCUGUGGUAUAAAUGCCAAAUUUUAUUUAGAUAUUGUAGCGUUUUGGUGAUUAGGAUUUAGCAAAAUUCGAUUACAGAUUCAAUUACAAGACGUCCAUCAAAUGAUUCGUGGUCAUUUAAGAUUAUAAUUUCACCGAUUCGUUUUUAUCGCAGUGAUACCAGUAGUUUUAUUUCCUUAGACUUUUACAACUAUAUUUAAUCCAAAAAUCUCAUUUGUUUUUAACAAAUACGAGGAUUUGGGCAAAAAUCAUUUCAACUAUUUUUCUUUUUUCUAAAAACACUUACUUGGACUAUUUUCCGAGACAUUUCUUCGAAUAAGUCAGAAUGUGGUGCGCGGGUAUCCUGAAAAAAAUUAAUUAUAACGCAUCACUAAGGAAAGGCGCAAAUUGGGACACGUAUAGCCGCUUAUUGAAACGGCGGAGUUUGGAUUUGUUCGCUUCCGAAUCAGAAUCGGUUGAUGAUGCUGAGGAGGAAAUGUUGUAUUCCUUGAAGAAGAAGGCAUUUAAAUCACCCAAUAAAUUUAUUCUAUCGAAGAGAAAAUUUACAAUUACAACUAAAAUGAAUGAUACUGAUAUUGCUAAUUAUAUCUGAAUGAUUCAAAACCAGUUUGCUGAAGUACAUCUCAGUGACCUUCAUCGUGCAUUUCGUAAUUUGAAUCACAAAGUUUUUGCCUCCCAAAACAAUAAUUAGGAGUAUAAGAAAUUAGUUUUAAAGAAUCGUCGUUUUAUAUUUUAGUGUUUGGUUUAUUUUUUUUUAAUACAAAAUUUGCAUAAAAUGUUUUUUAAAAAAUAUUUAGAAUUCAUAAGGUAAAAUUGUUUGCUUAACAAUAAAUUUUGAAAUAUAGAUGUUUCAUCACUUUGGUUGGAGGAUUUGAAAUUAAAUAAUUAGUAUAUAUACACUAGCUGUUAACUUCGAAAUAUGGUUUGUAUUUACCGUCUUUUAAAUGUAAAUCAUUUGCAAAAUCAUCCCAAAUUCGAUUCUUUUUUUGUAUCGUAAAUCUUUGUCUUUUCUUACCGCCUCUAUUAAUUUUUCUUCUGUCAUUUUUUGUAAAAAAAAGGAAAAACUUACUAGUCACCUACACGUGUGGCCUAGCUCACUGUGUCUAAGCUACAGCACGUCACGUCUGUGAGCUCACGCGUGUCCUGUCAGGUCGCGCUGCGUCGUCAAUGUAUUCAAUCUGUAGAUUACAAAACUACUUGCUGGGCUGAGUCAUCUCGCAUGUGCUGUACGUGUCCUAAUUUGCGCCUUGCCUAAAGGGCAUAGUUUGACCCAAAAAGUACAAUGUAACAUCAAAUAGUUUCCAAGAAAAAAAAUUAUUAAGUGCCAGAGCUACUCAAACUUACUUGGGCAUAUAACAUGUUAUAAAUUACUUAUAAAUCUGUAUUAUAGUUCGAAAAAAAACACAGAUAAACUAAACUAACGGCUUUAUCUGCAUUUUGAAGGUUUUCGUUGUUCAAAUGUUUAUAAUUUCUUGACCUUGGGGUUCUCUCAUAUGUCCGCACCAUUUUGAGUUAAUGUUUACUACAACAAACAACUGGAAAAAAAUGUAAAAAAUACAGUGGUGUCCAAGUAGCCCCGGUUUAUGAACAGCGCAAUAUAGAUUUGUUGGUGCAAAAGAAUGACAAUAGGGUACACACAAUCCUCUGAAUUUGCCACGCAAGUGUUAAUUGGGUACCUGUUUACCCACAGUGAUAGCAAGUCCCUCCUUUUAUUGCACACUUCCUACCAUAUUGUAGUUCCUCACUCUUGCCAAUGAUAUAGAAAUUUUUGGGCGAAAUGUUUUAAUACUAUGGUAGGUGAUUCAAUUCUUCCAAUCCCUAGCGUCGCAGGGUUACUUUAUUCACCAAAUUAUUGAUUCCACGGCCCUCACUGAGCUACUACUAGCUAUCACAGAUACUAAAUAGUUGCCAUGACUUAUGUCGGAAACCUCGUAUUUAAUAUUGGACAAUUUAUCGGUUCAAAGAUAAUUUUUGUAAUUAUGGAAGAAAUUGACGCUGAUAAUAAGAUUCUUAUAGUCAUUUUAAUGAAAAAGCAAUUUCAUAUUUCAUUUAUAUUCAUAAUCAUAUGUUGAAAUAUGUUCAAAACACACUUUUUGAAUUUAUUUAAAAGAAAUUGGCGCAGUCAGUAGAAUGCUUAUAUAAUCAUUUUGGUUAAAUGAAAGUUUCAGCUGUAUUUUCAUAAAAUAUUAAUUUCAUUUUAAUUAUUGUGACUGUUUUUGCUUAAUAAAAUGAGAAUCAUUAUUAUUAUACAUACGUAAAAAACUUAUUAUUUUGUUAUGAAUUCAUAAUUUUGAAAAUACACGUUAUUUUAAAGAAACUGGCGCAGUCAAUAGGAUAUCAAUUUAAUAAAAUGAAGUUUUCACCUGUAUUUCAAACCGAAAUAACAGUUUUAUCAUUACCUUUACCAAUGUUGAUUGCUUGGCAAUAUUUUUCGCUAAAUACGUCAACAAUUUAAAAAAUUUGAAAAGCGAAUGGUAAUUCUAGUCAUCGAUAUUUUAACCAAAAAAAAAAACGUUAUUUAUUAAGGUAGACAAUAAAUCUAAUGAUUUAAUUCAUUUAAUCCUUCCAUAUUUUGAUUCCAGAAAUGUAAUUUAUGUUUCUUUUCAAAAUAGACGUUUGAAAUUCAUCA